CCGUAAACCGAACUGUACAGUUAUUUAUUCAAGCUCCGGUGUCCUCUGUCCUGCUGGUGUCUGUGUGUCUGUCUGAGGGACAGAUGAAGGUGUCCUGCUCCUCUGAGAGAGGGGACAGUCCUCAGUACAGCUGGACUCUGGAUGGAAACACACUGACAGACUCUGAGCUCCUCUCUGGAACCACUGAGACAAACAUCAUCAUCCUGAAACAAAACCUCUCAGGACGUCUGGUCUGCUCAGUCAGGAACCACAUCAGUCGUGUGUCCAAUGAAACAAUAUUAACAACCUGCGGUGCUGAAACCUUCUGUGAUGACAGAUGGAAUGGAUCUCAGUGUUAUGGAGCUCUGGGAGGAACUGUGGUCCUUCAGCUGAUGGACAACGCCUCAGAAAUACCCAGAUAUCAAUGGAGGAAGGGACGAACAAUAAUAUUGGAUGGAAGAAAUAAUAUCAUCACUAAUACCAUGGAGACCAGAUUUGUCUUUAUUCCCACUAAUGGAACAUUUCGGAUCAACAACCUGAUCAGGACUGAUGGUGGUCAAUAUACACUUGAACUCCAGGAUUCAGAUGGACAAAAAGCAGGAAAACAAACUCUACAGUUGUUUAUUCAAGCUCCGGUGUCCUCUGUCCUGCUGGUGUCUGAGUGUCUGUCUGAGGGACAGAUGAAGGUGUCCUGCUCCUCUGAGGGAGGGGACAGUCCUCAGUACAGCUGGACUCUGGAUGGAAACACACUGACAGACUCUGAGCUCCUCUCUGGAACCACUGAGACAAAAAUCAUCAUCCUGAAACAAAACCUCUCAGGACGUCUGGUCUGCUCAGUCAGGAACCACAUCAGUCGUGUCUCCAAUGAAACGAUAUUAACAACCUGCGGCUUCAUUUUCAUUAACUGCACUUCUGAUGGGAAACAAAUAUCAAAAUGGGUGUUUAAAGAAAAUAACACUCUGUGUAUUGAACCAACAACUGUUCCUACAACUGUGGGUAAGGAGACAGAGUCAUUUAAACCUUCUACAAUUAACACAUCCUCCAAUCAAACCAUGAAUCACAACACAGAGGAGCCUUGGUACCUUAAUCUAAAUAAUGUCCUUAUAUUGGCUGGUGUCCUCUCGGUACUAUUGGUUUCCUUACUUGUCGGUGCAGCCGUCAUCUGUACAAGGAGGAAAACUCAGAACAACAAAGAGGAAGAAGAUGACCAGGAACUAACCUACGCUGACGUCAGGGUGGUGCAGCGCCAGAAGAGGCAGGUGGUGCAACGAGCGGAGGAAGAAGUGGAGUACGGUCAAGUCAAGUUUACAAAACGACCUGAGCAGACUCAAGCAGCAGCAGAUGAAUGUGUUUAUGCAAAAGUUCAGAAAGGCAGCUGAUUUGUGUUUUUCGAAGAACUGAAACACUGAAGAAGGAAAGUGAAAAACUCUGAUGAUGGUGACGAAAGACACAUGAAAGUAUUUCACCUUCAUUUAAGUUAUUUCCUUUUAGACACACACAAGCCAUUAGUGCUCAAACGCUGAUAUAAAAGUACUCAGUUUUAUAUAAAACUAAAUUUGGGUUCAUCACUGCCAUCACCUCCUAGUUUUAUCAAUAUAUGAAAACAUUUUCAUUUUUGCUGAUUUAAAAGCAAAUUGACUUUUUUUUUAUUAGUCAAUUACUAAAAAUGUUAAAUACCAAUUAAAACUUUUUGGAUCUAUACUCACACUUGAAGUUAACUGAGCAAUAAUUUGUUACUGUCAAAGUGAAAUUAGAUCAUUUACAAUCUACUCAUUGACAAAAGAACUAAACCACUAAUUGUAAGAUUAACUAAAAUUAUAGUUUAUUUAUUUAGCAGAUGUCUAUGAAUGAGCACUAUAGUUUAUCCAUGGAUGUGUUUUUAAAAACAACGUCUAGCAGAGUUACUUAUGGGUCUCGGAUUGUGUGAAAGUUAAUGUAAAAUUCUGCAACGUUAUCUUCCUUUUGGUUCCUGAGCCGAUAAACGACAGCAGCGCCUUUUGAGAAGUUCUCAGUAACCUCAAAUAAGUUUCCAUGAUGUAAGGGCUUCUGCUUUUUCUUUCUCAAGCUGAGUGUUGAUUCUUACAAAAGUGAAGAGUGUCAUGGUGAAAGAAAACUGUCUGAACAUAAUGUGAAAUAUACCGUACUGUAUCCUCAGCCCAAUCAUGGAAAUCAGUCCAGUUUUUAAAAUUGCGGGGAGUUGCACUCUGUCUCUCCUCUCAAACCUCACCAAUACAAUUUGUGUGAAUUGAUUGCCUGCAAACACAGAAUUGUAAACGAUAAAUAUAGAUUUUGCAGAACUAAAUGCAGCGUGACAUGGAAACGUGUUUAAAAGCUUGUUAGAUACAGAAAAAAAGGAGUUUUGUGACUUUCUUUGCUUUUUCCAGUUUAGUACAUACAGUACUUGUGAGAACAGACAUUGGGAUAAAGAUCACAUAUUACAACACUUUGGUUUUUUCUUUUUUUUUUUUUUUUAUUACUUUAACACUUCAGAGUUUGGGAUGAAUUAGCCUCCAGCUCUUGAGUCUGAAGAACUCUGAGGAUUUUCAUACUGAUACUUUGAAAUAAACAGGAAGGCUGCUGAUCGUGUUCGAACCAUCGGCGUUUCAGCGGUCAGUAAGUGUACGAUAAGAAAAGAUAAAGCAGCCUGCAACCUGAAGCUAAACAGCCGUUAUGUAAGCGGAGAAGGAUCCGUAUGUAUAGUAAGCUAAAGUUAGUUUUAGUUGGUUGGAUGAAUGUGAGGUAAAGGUUGUAAGACGCUGAAUAGUAGUGUAGAUCUUCCACACCAGACUAUAGACAUCUAAGAUUCAAACAUUUCACUGGAUAACAGUAAAAUAACAUUUUCAGGUCUCAAUAUCUGCUUAACAGAGCAGAAGCUCAGGCCUUAUUCCUUCAUGAUUUGCAACUAAAUUCCCAGACAUACUGUAUAACCUUUCUACAGCUCAGACUCACUGUGCCUGCACCUCUUUUACUGUUCUUGCGUCUUUUUUUUAAUCAAAGCUGUAAGAGGAUGCAGGUUAAAGCUAAAUAUCAAAGUGUUUGUUGCAACUGGUGUUAGAGUCAGGUGGUGUGAGAAAAAAACUUUUUUGUAGCUAUUUAAUGUCCUGUAAGUUUAUCAGAGUAUGACAUCACACUGUUUUUAUGACAUGCAUGUUAUGUUUUUUUUUAUUAAUUUCAGUGAUCUUUUAUUUUGGGAUGCAGAAAUGUCAUUUGUGUCUUCGUGACAACGGAGAGAUAACUGUAAAUGUUUGGUGUGAUACUUUAUAGUUAAAAGUUAAUGUCAAUUCAGCUGAUUCACAGAACCAUAAAACCAGUUUAUGAACCAGCUGGAGUGUCCUUAAACAACCACCUGAGAGCAGUUUUUUAUUUUUUUCUGAUCACGCAGCUAGUUGUACCUCUGUUCGUUAACCUUUUAUCAUCUGAUUAAACCUGGAAAUCCAAGCACAUCUGACUGUUGCCCCUUAACCCUCUACUGAACCACAAUCAAACAUUUAUUCUUUUCUCAUAAAAGCCAGGUGAUUGUAUCGCUGUCAUGACUUCCACGUGAUGUUGCCUUGCCAUGCCAGAGCCAUUAAACAAUAAAAACGAAGAAGUUUGACGGUUGCUUAAAGAACAUUUAAGUGAAAGAGCAUCAAUACGAAAUGAUCAAGGCAAUUCAAGGUUGUUUGAUUUACUUUAUAAUAAAUUCGGUAUUCUUACAGUUCAGCUUUUUAUUGUAAAACAGUGUGAAUGUUAAGGAAGGCAGUGUGACCAAAAGAAAUUCAAAAGUCAUCAGACAAGAAUGAGACUGUCUUAGACUGUAGUUUCAUGAAAUGAUCAUAUUAGUUGAAGUUAAAGG